AUGGCCAAGUCAAUCAAGAUUCUCAUCAUUCCGACAAAUGGAUAUGGUCACCUUAACAUUGGAUUAGGACUAGCUGAUAUGCUGACAAAGCAUGGACAUAAACCGAUAUUUGCUUUGAAUAAAAAGUGGAAACCAUCAGCUGAAGCUCGUGGUUAUGAAGUGCGAGUCUUGGAUGCUGAUGUAGUUGAACCAGAUGAAGCUGAUCAAGCAGCGCGUCAAAUGGCUGUGCUCGAGUUUUUGGCUCCAACCUUGUCUCAAUCAACCCUUGAACAAGUCUCUUGGAUGUCUGGUAAAGAGACAAUGUUGUAUGAAGAUCACAUACAAAUUGAUACUGGUUUAGAAGCUCUUUUGGCUAAAGAAUCUUUUGACCUACUGAUUGUAGCAACUCUGUUGGCCCUUCCUGCUGCCGAAACAAGCGGUAUUCCAUGGGUAUAUUUUCACACACCCAGUCCACAUAUACUCUACGGGAAACAGAUUACUCCACCCUUUUCAGGUUAUCCGUUGGAUACUCCUAAAGAGGUUUGUCAAAUAUACUGGGAUCGCUAUUUUAAAGAAAGAUCCUCAGGUGAUGCUUUAUACAAUAAAUAUCUUGCAAGCAAAGGUGUAGGCCCAGUUAAUACAGGUUACUUUCAGCGUGAAUCGCCAUACCUCAAUGUUUACGCUUACCCCAAAGAAUUGGAUUAUCGUGAUGUUGCCACUUUACCAAAACACUAUUUCAGGAUGGACAACUCUAUUCGGUCAAACGAUGAACUCUCAACCGUCAUUCCACAAGAAUUUUUAGAUCGACCGGGUAAACUAAUCUACGUCUCAUUGGGAUCAUGGUUUUCUGGAAUGGUUGAAGUGAUGAGCAAUCUACUCGCUAUUUUGGCAAAAUCGCCCCAUAAAUUUAUCGUCUCCAAGGGCCCUAAUCACGAAAAGAUCCAAUUAGCUGAGAACAUGUGGGGUGAACGAUUUCUAAAUCAAUUAGCAAUUCUUCCAAUGGUUGAUCUUGUGAUAACUCACGGUGGGAAUAAUACCAUAGUUGAAUGUUUACACAAUGGAAAGCCAAUGAUUGUUUUACCUUUCUUUAUUGAUCAGCAUGAUAAUGCUCAACGUAUAGUUGAAAAGCACUUGGGCUUUAAAUUUAAUCCAUUCCAAUUGGAUGAGAGCGGGAUUCUCAAUGCAAUUGAAACUUUACUCGGAGAUGCUAAGCUCUAUGAAAGAUUACAGGUGAUUGCUAAUGAUUUGAAAACUUCAUCAACCCAGGAUGAGUUGGUUAAAUUGUUGGAGAUUAUUGCAAAGGAGAAACGAUGUCCAUUUGAUGAACAAGUUCCUCCCCAACCUGAUAAAUUCAACAUAACCACAAGAAUUUCCAACUUUUUUAAUAAUGUUUGGCAUCGUUUAGUAAACAAUAAAUGA